AUGGAGCCCCUUUUUGCCGGUGUCUCUAACAAUGCCCACCAUCUCUACACUCUACUCUCCUGCAUUGGCUUCGCCUCCAAAGCCACCGUCCAGAUCACCCCCGGUGGACUCCGGUUCUCUGUGGAAGAAGCCCGUGUCAUCCAGGGCCUCGCAUUCCUCGACAAGUCCCUUUUCACCAGCUACACAUUCAACAACCCGCCGACAGACAACACGCACUCCGACCAAAAUGGAGACGACGACGACAGUAGCUCCUCCGAUAACUCCAACUGGCCACACUUCGUGGUCUCCCUCUCCGCCAUCCUCGAAACCCUCAAGAUCUUCGGUCUAAACGAGCUCUCCGAGUCCGAUCCCUCUGGAUACACACGCACACAGCACAACAACACCGCGUCUUCAAGCGCAUUCAACGCCCCGGCCCUACUCCUGGACCGCACCUGCACCCUGCAAUACGCGCAGCACGGCGCCCCGCUGAGCAUAACCCUCACCGAAGCCGGCGUAGUAACAACCUGCGAGCUAAACACCUACGAGCCCGACGAAGACUACGCCGACAUCCCACUCCAGCGCGACGCCAUCAUCAUGAAAAUCAUCAUGCGCUCGACCUGGCUGCACAACGCCAUCGCCGAGCUCGACUCCAGCACCCCCACCAUUCUCAAGCUCUCUGCGUGCGCCACGCGUGAGCCGUACUUCGCGCUCUCGGGCGCGGGCGGUCCAUUCAGUGAAUCCACGGUGGAAUUCUCCAUCGACACACAUAAUGAAAUCACCGGUGGAGCACUAGGUCAAAGCCAGGGCGGCCAGCUGCAGUCGCAGACACAGGCACAUCACAAGAUCCUCGCAGACGACGGCUCGGCCCGUCCGCGCGCAACGCGAGCGAAGCUUGCUCCCACCGUCACCGAGACGUUCCUGGUUUCUCCGCCGUCAGCUAUGGGCGAACGGAUUCAGCAGAGCUAUCGGUUUGCACUGGUGCGCAAAGCUGCGCGCGCGAUGGCUGUUGCGAACAAAGUCAGUAUUCGGGGUGACCGGCAGGGCGUGCUGAGUCUGCAGUUUAUGAUUGAACUCGAUGAGCAGGGUGUUGCUGCGGGGAGAUCUGUCGGGGCUGGAGUUAAGACGGCUGCUGUUGGGACGGUGUGUUUCGUGGACUUUCGGUUUGUGCCGUUAUUGGAUGAGGAGGAUGCCGAGGAAGAUGUGCUGAUGGCUGGGGAGUAG